AUGAUCGCACUAGUGGUGACCAUCAACAUUAAACCAGGUUUUAAGGAACAGUUCAUGGCGUCAAUGAUGGGCGAUGCCAUUGGCUCCAACAACGACGAGCCAGGCUGCCUGCGCUUCGAUGUGCUACAGGACAACGAGCACGAGAACCGCAUUCACUUGUACGAAGUUUACGACGACGAUGCCGCAGUAGAGGCCCACCGGGCGGCGCCACACUAUACAAAGUGGCGGGCUGAAGUAGCAGACUGGUUUGACGGAGAGAUCAUCCGCAACAUCGCUACGCCGGUUUACCCGGCACCCGAAAAGUGGGUAAAGCGGCCCCCCGUUGACUGA